GCAAGAAAAAAAACAUCACGGAGGGGAGAGAGAGAGGAGCAGCAUAGUGAACCAAGCAAAAACAGGAGGAGGAGAAAAAGUGAAAUCACAGGAGACUGGAGGAACGUGUUGGGAAAGCAGCACAGAGACGAGACUAUAUCACAUAUCACCUCCAUAUACUGUAGAAGAAGUCCCUGCGUUUUUCUGAAGAUUACAGGAAGCGACACCAUGACGACGGAAAUGCAGGAGAUCGCCAUCACGGAGGACAAGCCUUUACUCACGGGUCAGGCCGACACCGCCAAGGAUGCUGAGCUCGCUGCGAGGAUCCUCUUGGAUCAAGGGCAGGAGCACAAUGUCGAGACCCCACAUGGUGUUGUGCACACAACCCUCCACGGCAUACGAACUACCCGCAAGCCAGCAAUCCUCACCUUCCAUGACGCGGGUCUGGACAGUAAGAGCUGCUUCUCCACUCUCUUUAAGUUUGAGGAGAUGCAGGAGAUCGUCAAGAAUUUCACCGUUAUCCAUAUCGACGCUCCGGGGCAGGAGGAGGGAGCUGCCGUCUUCCCCACAGGUUACCAGUAUCCUUGCAUGGACACCAUCGCAGAUAUGAUUCCUGCUGUCCUGCAGUUUUUCAACUUCCGUACUGUCAUCGGAAUUGGUGUGGGAGCUGGAGCCUAUAUCCUCUCCAAGUUCACACUGGCAAAUCCGGACUCAGUGGAAGGUCUGGUCCUGAUCAAUAUUGACAUAAACGCCCGAGGAUGGAUGGACUGGGCUGCUCAGAAACUCCACUCUAUAACAUCCUCCCAGACAGAACAGAUCCUGAUGCACCUUUUCAGUCACGAGGAGCUGUCAUCACACACGAGUCUAGUUCAGUUUCACAGACAACGCAUCUCCAAAGCUCAUCAUCACUUCAACAUAGAGCUCUUCUGGAAGAGUUACAACAACCGCAGAGACCUGGACAUUGACCGCAACUGCACCUUCAAAUGUCCAGUCAUGUUGGUGGUGGGUGAUCAAGCUCCGUAUGAGGAAGCGGUUGUGGAGUGCAAUUGCAAGACAGAUCCGACAUCAACGUCAUUUCUAAAGAUGGCUGAUGCUGGUGGGAUGCCUCAGAUGACGCAGCCUGCUAAACUGACGGAAGCGUUCAAGUAUUUCAUUCAGGGCAUGGGCUACAUGGCUUCAGCCUGCAUGACCCGCCUGUCCCGCUCCCGCAGCACCUCCAUCUCCUCUUCCCACUCCAUAGAUGGGUCCCGUUCCCGUUCCCGCACCCUGUCCCAGGGCUCACAGGUCUGCCAAAUGCCAGCUAGCCCCUCCCAAACCAUGGAGGUGUCAUGCUGAAGAAAUGGCGUGAGUGAAGGAGUCGUGAAAGGGAAACGUGAAGGAUGGCGGUAAUGCAGGAACAAGACGAAGGUUACUUAUUUGUCACUGAACAACUCCCGUCAUUCCCCGCAAAAGCAGAAUAGAAAUGGAGAGAAGGAGGGAGAGAAAGAGAGGGAUGAUGGAGGAAAGGUGUAAGUCUAUUCUGUCUCCUUGCGCUGUCCUACAAGAGGAACUGUUCUGUCUGACGGGGACAGAAAGAAGCUUAGGCUUUAGAAGGGAAGAGCACUGAAAAGAGGAACAAGCAGAAUUUAGUCCUCUCUCCCUCCCUCUGCUGCAACUUCUGUCAUCCAGUAAAUCCCUUUAAUUUCAAAUAAGGGGUGUGGCAUAUAUAGACCACAGCCUUUGAUUAAGCAGUAGUAAUGCUUCUGAAAACUAUUUUGUAGUUGAUGAUGACAGUGUAGUAGAAAUGAAAACAAUUUUCUCUAAUAAGCAAAUGACUAAAAAA